AUGGCUGCCACCGCGUCCGAGCGGCCCGUCGAGGCCGUGCGGACGCGCUGGUCCAACUGGAAGAGCCGCCGCUCCAUCGCCGGGCCCUCGAGCCCGUCGCAGGUCGACGAGGGCAUGUGGGACAAGAACGACGACGCCUUCCUCGAAGAGGUGGCGAUCUUGGCUGCCAGCCCGUCGGCGUCGUCGCUGCAGCGCCUCGGCGCCUUUCCCUCGUCUGUCGGGCGCGACUCAUUCUCGCACUCCGACACGCUCUACGAGGAGCCGCAGUUCCCAAAGGCGGUGCGCAUGGGCUCCCUCUCCGGCUCUGUCGACACCUUCAGGGACCCCUUCGCGCGCUCGUCGCGUCAGCUGCUGGCGCCGCAGCUGCAGAUCGACUGCGAUGCGGCGGGCCUCAGCACGCCCAGUGACGGCAGCAGCGGCCGCUUCACCUUCUCGUCGCCCAGCUCGAGCCGCGAUGAGAGCCAGUCGAGCAGCAUGCGCGUCGCGCAGCACGGGAGGGACACGCGUUCGUCGCCGAAGAGCUCGCCUACUGCCGCGGCAUUUAGCUUCAGAGCGCUGGACGAGUCACUCCUGACCCUCGACGCCGCCGAGGCCAGGGCGCGUGGCGAUUAUGGCGUCGACCCGCGCAGCGCGACAGAGCUCCGCGGCGACAUGCUCUCGCCCGUCGGCGUGAUGGAGGACGUGGGCCCCAGCGACGAGGUGUACCAGUCGCGGCGCAGCAGCGGCCUGGCGCCGGAGCUCGACGACCGCGGCUCGCAGGAAGUGCUGCAGAGCACCGACAUGAGCAGAGACGACACGCGGCAGGGCCUCGGCAUCGACACGCUGCGGGCGUAUCAGCCGAACACGGCUGCACCUGUCCCCGCUCCUGCUCAGGAGCCGGCAGAGCAGGGCCUUGCCCGCUCUCACUCGAAGCGCGGGCUGCUCAGCAAGCGCACGCCUGCCAUGAGCCCGCGCUCGCCAGAGAGCGAGGCGACGCUAGGCAGCGCCUUCGAGCCUGCGCCGCCGCGUCCGCCACGCUCGCGCGAGCAGUCGCUGCAGCAUUGGGCUGCGCAUUCUGCUGGCUGGACUGUCGAGCCUCACGCGCAGAGCCCGCGCACGCCCGAGACGGCGACGCGCCGCGGCAGCAAGAGCAGCGACACGACGCCACGCAAGAGUCCCGCGAUCAAGAGCGGCUUCGUCUCUGGACUGCGCAAGCUCAUGUCUGGCGGUGGCGCUAGCGCCGGCAGUCCAGGCAAGCGGAACACGCCGCGCCAGCGCGAAUCGUCUGUCGCAAGCAUCACGGCUACACCCGCUGCCGAGGAGGUGCAGAUCGUCUCUGGCCCUCCUGGAGCGCGCGCCAUGUACGAGCCGGUGCCUGUGCAUCAGCUGCAGUCUCCCGCGCGACCGGCCACUGCGACUGCGUCGCCUGCCUUUGCCUUUGGCGCAGGCCAGCAAGCAACCGCGUCGGGCAGUGGCCCUGCCUCAGGCAUGGUCUCGCGCUCUGCGAGUCUGCGCUCGUUCGGCGCCUCUUCGACUGCGAGCCACUCCAUCGCUCCGCCGCGCCCGCCGCGGCCCGACGCUCCGCGCCAUGUGCGGCAGCUCAGCAGCGGCGCAGGCGAGACGGAGCACCUUGCUUCUUCUGCCUCCUCGCACGAAUCGCACAGAGGCACACGCACGCGCACAACGAGCAUAGACAGCAUGCGUGCGCGCGUCCUGAUGCAUUCGCGCGCCGGCGACCGUCUCAGUGGCGCAGGCUCGGUCGGGCCGGAUGGCAUGGGCAGGCGCAGCCGUACGUCCAGCCGCAGCAGUGUGAUCGAGCACGUCGGACACGAGGAGGCACGCCGACGCAGCGGCCUGCAAGGGCCAGUGUUGCUCGGCUCAGCCAACAAGAUCACGCGGCCGCAUACGCGCGCAGGAGGCGCCUCGUCUGACCUUGUCGAACUGCUCGAUGCCGCGUCCGGCGAGCCGCGCUUCGUCGAGCAGGCGCCGCUGCGCCCGCCGCGUGCCGGCGAUGUGCGCCCGGGCAGCUCGCAGUCCGCCAUGGCCUUCCUGGACAGCCCGAACGUCGCCUCGAACUUCAAUCACGCCCACACACAGCGGUGGUCGACGCUGGGCAGUCCUGGCGGGCCGUCGUCUGGCAUGUUCGCACGGCGCGGCAGCGAGACGUCGGCCAGAUUCUCGCGGCGCGGCAGCGAUGCCUCUUCUGUGGCCACGCCAGAGCCGUCGCCGCGCUACGCCUCGGGUGCGCGCGGCCUGCACGCGCACAGCCCCAUCGGGCACAUCGAGGAGCUGCGCGGGCCGGCGCUCGUGACGGCCUCGGUCGACGAUCUGCGCUCUGGCGUGCUGUCUCCGUCGCCGCUUGCACCGCACGGGGCCGAAUCGCUGGUGCGCUCCGGUAGCGCCCGGCGCAGCCGCCUCUCGUCUGCAGAUGGACUGGCGAAUCGGCCUGAGCGUCGCUCAUUUGUCAAUACGGGCUCAAAGCGCUGGUCUGGCCUGUUCGGUGGCAACGGCAGCCAGCGCAAGAUCACCGCCUCUAACAUCUCUCGCCCGACGUCGGUGUCUUCGUCUGCGCUCUCCGAUGCAGCAGCAGACAUGCUCGCCCGCCCGUUCGAGGACUCUUCGCCACGCUCCGCCAACUUCGGCGUCACGCCGGCGCAGCAGUACCCUGCGCGCGUUGCGAACCGCUCGAGCACUGCCACUUCGCGCGCCUCGAGCACACGCGGCACGGACAACACCGAAGACGAGUCGCGCGAGAUGAUGCCAAGCGACGAGCUGCGCGCCAUCGUGAACCGCAACCGCUCCGGCUCCAGCGCCUCGACGCACUCGAGUGCCAUGUCGCCGCCGCCGUGGGCGAUGCCGAUCUCGCCCGGUGUCGCUGCACGCCACUCGGUGGCGUCCCGCCGGCCAUCGACCAGCGACGCCAUCGGCUCUGCGUACCCCAUGGCCAAUGCGUACUACGCGCCCACCUACACGCCGCCGAUCCACAGCAGCCUGAGCAGCGUCAGCGCCGACCGCUCGUGGGCGGCACGGCCAGCCAGCGCCAACGAGGCGCCGAACGCGAGCAGUUUGGGCCGUCGGCCGUCCGGCUUCGACGCCGCAGCCUUCGACGCCACCGCUGCGUUUGAGAGCAUCCCGUCGCCGCAUCCCGUACGGGGCGAGGACGAUGCUGCGCCGCAGGACGUCGACGACGACGAGGACAGUGUGCUCGACGAGGACGCGGGCACCGGCUCCUCGCCCGCGCGCAGCCUCCGCGAUGAGCGCCCGCACACGCCGCCGCAGCAGAUCAUGCGCUCCCGCAGCUCGCUCACGCCCUUCCAAGGCGGCCGCCCGCUGCCCACGGAUGCGCCACGCUCGCCCGGCGCCGGCUUCGACGACCCGGAGGUCGAGCUGCUCGAAGACGACUGCGACGCAGCCGCGCCGCCGGCCGAUGGCAGCGACGACCUGGACGGCGCGCGCAUCGGCCUGACGACCAUGCCGCUUGGCCGCUCGAGCGUGCUGGUGCGCAGCCGCAGCAACGAGGCGCUGCGUGGCGUCGCCGAUGCCGUCUCGCGUGCGGCGGGCCAGGACUCUGGCAUGCUCGGCGCCGGACGCUGCGACCGCCGCUCGUAUGCGUACGUCUGA